UUUUUCUUUCUCUUUUUUUUUUCUUUUUUUUUUUUUUCGUUUACUCUUUCUUUUCACUGCACAAAAGCAUUUAUUCAUCAUCAUGGCGCCUGUUACAGAAGUAGAUGCCAAAUACACUGAUCACGUCCAUCCUUGGGAAGAGAUUGUACAUUAUGUUUCCAUAAAUCAGGUUGAUCAACUGCGUAGAAAUAGAGAAGCACAAGCUAUAUAUCAAGAAUGGAUAAAGAAUACGCUUAAAAAAUAUGGAACCCUCGAGAAUUUUUUGUUGAAAGAAAAAAUACACUUCCCUGCUGAGGAUAUCGAUAUGGAUGAUCAUGACAAGCAAAAUAGAUCUCCAGCUAUUUUGAUUUUACCAAACGACUUUCCUUACUCAGUAGAACCUGGCAUUGAGCACAUUUUGAUUUGGUCAAAAGUUCCUUUAUCGGCAGACUUUGUAGAGUCAGUUUUGGAAGAAAAGUAUGGUAGCUCAAAGUGGGAAUGGAUUUACUUUGUUAAUCCACCAGAAACACAAAGCGUACGAAGGCUCCCUCAUGUUCAUGUCUUUAUGAGAAGCAGAAAGGGAAAAAAACAAACCGAAAAUUGAUGAUUCAAAAUGCUGCCUCUAAAGCCUAUGUAGAUUUUGUUUACCAGAAGAAGAGACAGUAUUGCCAGAAAUUGUUAGAAAAAUAAAAAGUUGGAUUUCUCGUUUUGUAGAUCACGAAUUUUUAUCAACAUAUCGCUUUAUUGUAGGAAAAAAAUACAACA